GACUUUACCAGUCUUCUCCAAAAACUAUUUGUAAAAAAGAGUAACUAAAACGAUGGAGCCUCAUAGAAAGCACUCGGUCGUCGGCGCAAUCCUCCACACGUGUUAUCCGUGCGGGCGCACCAUUCCAUACAGAAUCUACGCCGUAUUUCACACGUGUGGCAUCAUAGCUCUCAUGUAUCACCAUGUACACUCACUUCUCACAGCAAACAACACUCUUAUAACAUGUCUUCUUCUCCUCUCCGAUAUGGUUCUCACCUUCAUAUGGGUAACCACAACUUCCCUCCGGUUAAACCCGGUUCAUCGGACCGAGUACCCUGAGAAAUAUGCAGCUAAACCGGAGGACUUUCCGAAGCUGGACGUGUUUAUAUGCACGGCUGAUCCGUACAAGGAGCCUCCGAUGAUGGUGGUUAACACCGCUUUAUCUGUGAUGGCAUAUGAAUAUCCGUCCGAUAAGAUCUCGGUCUAUGUAUCGGACGAUGGAGGAUCGUCGUUGACUUUGUUUGCUCUUAUGGAGGCUGCUAAAUUCUCUGAGCAUUGGUUGCCCUUUUGCAAGAAGAACAAUGUUCAAGAUCGGUCUCCUGCAGUUUAUUUCUCUUCAAAGUCAGAUUCUCGGAGUGGUGAAGCUGAAAAUAUUAAGAUGAUGUAUGAAGACAUGAAGAGUAGAGUAGAACAUGUGGUGAAGAGUGGAAAAGUUGAGACUGCAUUUAUCACAUACGAUCAAUUUCGUGGGGUAUUCGAUUUGUGGACCGACAAAUUCACUCGUCAUGACCAUCCCACAAUUAUUCAGAUGAUGUACAAAGACAUGAAGAGUAGAGUAGAACAUGUGGUGGAGAGUGGAAAAGUUGAAACUUCGUUUAUCACAUGCGAUCAAUUUCGUGGGGUAUUCGAUUUGUGGACAGACAAAUUCACUCGUCAUGACCAUCCCACAAUUAUUCAGGUGCUACAAAAUAGCGAGACAGAUAUGGACACUACCAAAAAGUAUAUAAUGCCAAACCUAAUAUAUGUUUCAAGAGAGAAGAGUAAAGUUUCACCACAUCAUUUCAAAGCCGGUGCUCUUAAUACUUUGCUACGAGUAUCAGGGGUGAUGACAAAUUCACCGAUCAUUCUAACACUAGACUGUGAUAUGUAUUCGAACGACCCUACAACACCGGUUCGUGCUUUAUGCUAUUUAACAGAUCCUGAAAUCAAAUCCGGUUUAGGAUAUGUGCAGUUUCCUCAGAAAUUUCUAGAAAUAGGCAAAAAUGAUAUAUAUGCAUGUGAAAACAAACGCCUCUUCAAUAUCAAUAUGGUUGGGUUUGAUGGUCUAAUGGGUCCGACUCAUGUGGGAACUGGUUGUUUCUUCAAUCGACGGGCUUUUUAUGGGCCUCCAUCUAAGUUGAUUUUACCGGAGAUUGAUGAAUUGAGGCCAUAUCGGAUUGCGGAUAAGUCUAUCAAAGCCCAAGAUGUUUUGGCAUUAACACACAAUGUAGCAGGAUGUAUCUAUGAGUACAAUACCAAUUGGGGAUCCAAUAUUGGAUUCAGAUAUGGGUCAUUAGUAGAAGACUACUACACAGGGUAUAUGUUCCAUUGUGAAGGAUGGAGAUCAAUAUUUUGCAACCCUAAGAAAGCUGCUUUUUAUGGAGAUUCCUCAAAGUGCUUAGUUGAUGUAGUGGGUCAACAAAUCCGAUGGGCCGUUGGGCUUCUUGAAAUAUUGUUUUCCAAGAAAAGCCCAAUUUUCUAUGGAUUCAAAUCAUUAGGGCUGUUAAUGGGCUUAGGCUAUUGCAACUCUCCGUUUCGGCCAUUUUGGUCAAUUCCGGUUACCGUCUAUGGGCUUUUACCUCAGCUUGCACUCAUCUAUGGAGUUAGUGUGUUCCCCAAGGCAUCUGAUCCGUGGUUUUGCCUUUACAUCUUUUUAUUCUUUGGUGCUUAUGCCCAAGACCUAUUGGACUUUUUAUUGGAAGGAGGAACUUGUCGGAAAUGGUGGAACGAUCAAAGAAUGUUGAUGAUAAAAGGACUCUCUUCAUUCUUCUUUGGUUUUAUAGAGUUCAUUCUCAAAACCCUAAACCUCUCUACACCUAAGUUCAACAUCACCAGUAAAGCCAAUGACGAUGACGAACAAAGGAAGCGGUACGAGCAAGAAAUCUUUGAUUUUGGAACCUCUUCGUCCAUGUUCUUGCCUUUGACUACGGUUGCCAUCGUGAAUCUGCUUGCUUUUGUCUGUGGGCUUUAUGGUAUUCUCUUCUGCGGAGGAGAACUCGUCCUUGAGCUGAUGCUGGUGAGCUUUGCGGUGGUGAAUUGCUUGCCGAUCUACGAGGCUAUGGUGUUGAGGAAAGAUGAUGGAAAUUUACCAAAAAGAAUUAGUUUCUUAGCUGGGAACCUCACGGUUGUUCUUAUUGUGUCCAGUUACUUCGUCCUCAAGUAACUUCACCCGUUUGGGCUAAUUUACAACAAUAAUACAUCUGGCUGGUUCAAGCGGAAGAGAUAAUGUGAUGAAUUUGUGUAACCAAUAUUUAUAAUGUGAUGGAUUACAUUUUGAUA